AUGGCUAUAUUUAGAUCAAAAUCAUCAGCUAAUAAAAAACCUCAAACUGCUAAUGAUAUAGAUAUAAAAAUAUCUUCACAUGAUGCUCAACAUUAUAAAAUGCAUACAGCAAAUGUUCAUGAUCCAAUUUUAUCAGCAGUUCAAGAAGCUCAACCAUUUGAACAAGCAGUUAAACGUGAUGAUGAUUAUGAUGGUGAUGAUGAUUUAUCAGGAGGAAAAGGAGAAAGAAGAAGACCAUCAUAUUUAUCACAAAAUUCUCAUGAUUUAAAAGAUAUAUUUGGUCAACCAAUUAAUCAAACUGAUAUGUCAAAUCCAACAAGAUCAAGAAAUGAACGUCCUUUAGAUACAAUUAGAGGAUUUGAAUAUGCUAUUACUGGUGAUAUAAGUUUCCGAGAUCAAUUGGAAACUAAUCGUUUAGGUUGGGGGUUUCAUGAAGAUUUCCCUUAUUAUAAUUUAAAUGGACAAAAUAAUAAUAAUAACAGUAAUGCACAAGAAAUUGGGAAUUCUUAUAGUAGACCAGUGAUUAAUUUUAAUGAUCAACCAGUAUAUCAAGCAGGUAAUUAUAGUGCUAGUAGUUUACAAGCUGAUCAAAAUAAUACUAAAAAGAAAAAAAGAGGAUUAUUUGGUAGAAAGAAAUAA